AUGUCGCGCGAACAGCAAUACUGGCUCCCAGGCUACGGGCUAUCCCGACAUAUCGUCCUAGGCCACAUUCAUUACUUCCUCGGACCAUCCGCUUCAGGGCGUGAAGGCUAUCUGAUUACUGGCGUGCCUCUCACACGGGAACAAAUCGACGAUCUGGCCGCGAUGUCUCGCGAAUAUGAGAAGCAGGAGGCUUUGCGCAUGACGAACCAGAACACGACUUCUGAUGGUGCGCGACAAUUGGAACCGUACAUCAAUGAGCUUAUUCCUGUGGAUCCAAAUCGAAGUCGCAGACGGGAGCCCGAGUCGAGAGGUGGCCGUUGA